AUGAUUAUAAGUAUAUGGCGUGAAGCUAUAUUGCUACUUGUCGUCGAGUUAGCGAGAGCAUCUUCGAUACCGAAAUGGGAGGCUGCUGAGCAAAGUUAUAUUUUCAAUACCAUAGAGUCCGAUAAAUAUAAAGCGGAAGGAAUGUUUAGAUCGCCUUCGGAUUUCAAGCAUUUGCCUCCUUUGCUCUCGGAACCGACAGAGGAGCAAAGAUCUUUGAAGGCUGGGGAAGUCCCGCAAUAUGUGAUCGACUAUGCACCCCUCGUGCAUUUGUAUUCGGAAGAGAAGUAUCUUCCAUACGAUAUAGCGAAAUUCGUUAAACAUUUUCAUGUCGAGUAUGACAACGGAACAAUUAUAGAGGGUACAGAGUCAAAUAUGACUUUGCUGAAACUAGCCAUGCUCCCAAAAUUGGAGGAUAUAUACUUGACCUCAAAUUCUAAUUUUGACGAAGAUCCCGAUUGGAUUACAGGCGUUAAAAAUAAGCCUUCGUUGAUUGAUGGCGAAAUAAGAGAUGCCCCAGCUACAUUAAUUGUGGUAGAUAAAGGAAAUGGCUGGGUUGAUGCCUAUUGGUUUUAUUUUUAUUCCUUUAACUUGGGUCCUUUUGUUAUGGGGUCUGGACCAUACGGAAAUCAUGUUGGUGAUUGGGAGCAUUCAUUAGUUAGAUAUUAUAACGGGAAACCUAUUAUUGUUUGGAUGUCAGCUCACGGAGGAGGCGGUGCAUAUUAUUAUCGAAAUUUAGAGAAAUAUGAAUUGGAUACAAAUCACCCGAUAAUCUUUUCCGCCAGGGGCACUCAUGCUAAUUACGUAUCUGUGGGACAACAUCCGCAUGAUUUGCCAUAUGAAAUUUUAUCUGAUUUCACGGAUAGAGGUGCGUUGUGGAAUCCGACUAAGAAUUACCUAGGCUAUACCUAUGAUGGCGAAUUUGUAUAUCCUGCGACAUCCAAUGCUAAUCCAAAUUAUGUCGGACGAGAACUUAAAUAUGACAACUGGCUUUCAUUCACAGGGCACUGGGGAGACAAACAAUUACCUAGUGAUGACAGUAGACAGAAAUAUCUGUUUAUCGGGGGACACAAGUACAUUGAUGGCCCACAUGGUCCACUUAUGAAAAAUCUUUUACGAUUGAAGCCCUGCGAAAGGCAUAAAUGGUGGAAUUUUUGGAAUGGAUGCAACGUUAGGGAAAACAUUAAGUGGGGAAUUGGAAUUGAAAGUGAAGGGUACAAUUGUGGCAACUUAUUCAUAACCGUUAAGCCUAAAUGGCUAAAGAGCAUAUUACAGAAAGUGACCUGGGGUGGAGGAUUUUGUUAUAUCGUGGAUAUAAUAUAUGGUUAG